CAUUUUUGGCAUUUAAUUUAAUUCUGUGUGUGCUUUUAAAAAAAUCGAGUCAAAAUGAAAUGCUGCGGCCCUAAAUUGUCCCUUUGCGGACUUAUUAUUAGCGUUUGGGGCAUCAUUCAAUUGGGUCUCAUGGGAGUGUUCUACUACAAAAGUGUAGCCCUAAUUGAAGAUUUGCCACUCGAGGAGCAUUAUCAUACACAAGAAUUCUAUGCAGCUGCCGAUAUUGCAUACACCAGUGUAAAGAAUGCCUACAAUUGCUGGAUAGCCGCCUGCCUGUACAUCCUGACCCUGGUCAUAUCUGGUCAGCAGUUCUACGCCAAUAGUCGUUCAUCUGUAAAUUAAAACAUAAAAUCAACUCAACUGCAAUUGGACACAAAUUAAAUUAAAUUAAAAUUAAUAUAAAUUGUAUAUUAUCGUGACAUUGAUUUUGGAAAGAAAAUGCAUCCACCAUAUCAAGAAUCAUAUAAAUAAAUUAUAUAUAUAAAUUUCAUUAUGGAGUCGAUUGAAAGGAUUUAUAAUUGCAAACUUAAUUAAUGGAACAGUGCAAAAGUCAUUCCCUGUUAUAAUUUGUAAAUAUUUAAAAUUAAGUUAUU